AUGGAGUUGUCGUGGAGAACAAAUCAUGGCAAUUUCCUUAUGGAAGCAGCCUCACGAAGAUUGCCCUUCACUUUUGGUGGCUACUUUUCCAGGUCUGCGUCGACAAACCCACAUAAAGAGGAAUGGAUGAAUGAUAGUGACGACGAAUUCCCCCCACAGCUAUCGAAGGGGUCGUAUCGGUCACUUGCCAACACACAUAUACCGCCACCCUACGAUUCUAGCGAUGAUGGAGACGACGAAGACGAUGAUGAUGAUGAUGGUGAUGAUCAUAACGAGAGUCGUUUCAUAAACCAUCUUGAAGGGUCUUUCAUCAACCUUAGCGAUCACGUAUUCAACGCAGUCGCCGAUCGAAUUGAUCCUUCAGUCUCGGGUCAUGUCAGUCCAUGCCUGUCAGCGGCUCGACGACCGUCUUCCUCCUUCAAUAUGACGCAUGACGGUCACAUCAGUCUACAAGACGCGACAUUUCCUGCCUACUUUCAGAUGUUGGAUGCAAGAAUUCAGAGUGGCAAAAGAGGGGAAUCAUGCCGCCAUGAGCAAAGCCAGCCGGUGUUCCGAACAGAUGAGAACAUUGAGAGCAACGCGGAAAACAGAAACUCAAAGUACCACAAUCAAGGAAAUGAACAAGAAACCUUUGCCAUGAUUGAGAGAGAAGACGAAGACGAAGACGAAGACGGGAUGACGGACUCGUGCUUGAAUCUCACCAACCAUCUGGACUACGUCAUGUUCCCAACCGCUGAAGUACUCGAAUUCGUCCGCGGAGGAGAAAUGGAAGUUCUAGAAGACGUCGAGGAUGAAGAAGCCUCCUGCAGGCGAUUCCCAGGGGAGGAGCAAUAUGACGAAGAUAAUAAGGAGCUCGGAAGGGGGCAGUUGGAGAACCGGGGCCGAAGGUGGUUCAGAGAAAUGCGGAAGUGGCAUAAUAGGGGAGGGCGGGCUAUUUUUGGGGGGGUUUUGUUGGACUUUGCUCCGGAGUGUUUUGGCGAUAAACCCGAUGAUGGGGGCAUAUCGGGAUCUCGCUGGUGGACUUUGAGCUUUGAAGGAGUCGAUUAG